UUGUAAUCAAUGUACUUUAUACAAACAGCUUAUGAAUUUGCUUAGAUUGGCUUCUAAUUCUUGAUUUAAUAAGUCAAAGAAAAAUGGACCAGUUUUCUCAUGAUUUAACAGUAGCCCUUAUGGAAGAAACCUCACUGUUGGAGCGGGCUCGUGUAAGUAGGUGGGGUCAACGUAGAAGGACUCUCUCUACAGGAAAUUUGCCAUGCGCACCACAGCCUACAGAAAAAGAAGACUCUUCUAGUAGUCCAAGUAACGCACGAAAAACCACAAAUGUUGAUGGAUUAGAUGUAAAAAACAUUAAGCUUCUUACAAUGAGUGAUUCUGAUGAUAAAGAAAUAAAUAUUCAAAGUAGAUCACCUCUUAAGACAUCACAUCGAUUAGGUACCCUAGAAUCUGAUUCAUUAAAUGAAACUUUCAGUCCUGCAAGAUUCUUUAAACCCAGCGCCAGAAGGAAACGGAAAUAUAAACGCAUGUCAAUGGAAUGUGAUAUAGGUAUUGUCACAUCUCUUCAAAACCAGGAUAUAAAAGUCAAUUCAGUAUCAUCUAUUAAUGCUGCUGUGGGAGGGUCCGGAACCAUGAGAAAGCGAGUGCUAAAGCCUGAUGCCAGCAAUAGAAAUAAUUUGUUUUUCUGCGGAAAGCGUAAACGCUCAAACCGUGACCGGUAUCAUGAUUACGACCAAACAAAAUCGCAUUCAACUAGCAUGCCCCGUUUUGCUUAUAUUGAAAAUAAUGGAAUACGUCCUCGUAGUUAUUCCUCUACAUCGAAACCGAAUAGUGACCGUUUGUUGCCUUUAAAUAAAGGACUACUUUAUAAAAUUGAAAAAAUAUCACAAUUGCAAAAGACUGAUAGUAAACAAGAAUUGCUUACUUCGAAUUCAAAUAUUUCUGAAACAAACAUUUCACCUACGACAUCAGCCCAACAAGAAUUUAAAAGUCUUCGAAAAAAACGUAGUCAGUUUCGACGCUCUCAACUCCAACAAUUACAGUUUACAGUUGAUCAAUAUCCAAUGGAUUGUGGUAAUAUGGAUGACUUUUUAAGUUCUAGUUCCUUAAGUUCUUCCGAUUCUGAGGAUGCACAAAGCGCCAACGACACCGAUCGCGAAGGAGAUGAUGAACUGACAGAUUGGCCUGGUAAUGAAUGUACAAGCGGUCCUACUGACAUUAAAAACGAUACAAAGCGAAAACUCACGAAGAAAAGUAAUAAUUCCCUCGCAAAAUCUGAUGAAAGUAGUUUUGCUGCUACAAUGGGUGAAGAUGACACUAUGAUGCUAGGUAGCGAAGAUUGGUCCCCAAACAUUUCCAAUGAUAAUAUAGAACUGCGUUAUCAACCGUCAGAACCAAUUGCAAUUGCGAACAAAAGCAAUGAUUUGGAACGAACUACUUGUGAUGAAAGUUUUACGCCUUUUAAACAAAUUGAAAGCGAAAUGUCGGGUGAGACAUCAAACACUUUUCUUAGCUCUCCACCAACAAAUUUGAAAGGAAUAAGAGAAAUACGCGCAGGUUGCCGACGAAUAAAGGACGAAAGACCGGGAUUUAGCAUCAAAACAAGUGUCAAUGAACGCCUUGCGCGCUUCCUGCAAGACCCAAGACAGACACAAAUCCGUUUACCUGAUAUAGAGAUUUAUGAGCAUGAUAGUUUACUUAAUUUAGCAACUUUAUAUUCGUUACAAAUUUCUUUAGGCAAUGGCUGUGCAGUGCUUAAUAAAACCAGCAACACCACGCAAUCAGUUAAUAUUGAUCAAAAUAGCUUGCAGAACUGUCUGCUUAGCGAUUUUAAACGGCGGUGUUAUGGCAACAAUGGUGAUAGCAUACCAAGGAAAUAGUAGGAAUAUGAUUAUGGUAUCGGAUAUGACAUUCUACUUUUGUUUAAAGAUUGGAUUCUUUAAUGAUGACCAUAUAACAAACACUGUCAUUAUACAUACAAUAUGUAUAUGAUUUUCUUAUAAGAAAAAAACUUUCUUAGAAAAUAAAUAAAAUAAUAAAUUGUUUCCAACGAGUUAAAAGUGUGAAAUAAUAAAUGCUAAAAUAUUAAUAAA